UGACCGGGUUUAUCGACAAUCCUAGCGGGACCUAUUUAACAGAAGAAUGCUGGGUUGUAUACUCUAGGGAGUCUAUUAAGCGUGUUGAGGAGAUUACAGGUCAGAGCAUUACAUUCUACAGGGUGGACCUGCUGGACAGACCUUCACUGGAAGAUGUAUUCAAUAAUCACAACUUCAGCAGUGUGAUCCAUUUUGCUGGGCUGAAGGCAGUUGGGGAGUCCUGUGUUCUCCCACUUAGUUACUACAAGAACAACAUUGAAGGAACAAUUACAUUAUUAGAGGUCAUGAAGAAAUUUGGAGUGAAGAACCUUGUUUUCUCAAGCUCAGCUACUGUAUAUGGGGAGCCCCAAUAUCUACCUUUAGACGAGAAACAUCCUGUAGGGGGUGCCACUAAUCCAUAUGGAAAAACAAAAUACUUCAUCGAAGAAAUUAUAAAAGAUCUCUGUACUGCUGAACCUGAGUGGAAUGCAGUGUUACUGCGUUACUUCAACCCAGUAGGUGCUCACAAGUCAGGGAAAAUCGGGGAGGAUCCACAGGGUCCCCCUAACAAUCUGAUGCCCUACAUAGCUCAGGUAGCUGUGGGCCGCAGACCACAACUUAGUGUCUAUGGCAACUGCUAUGAUACUAAGGAUGGAACAGGAGUUCGAGAUUACAUUCAUGUAGUAGAUCUGUCCCUUGGACAUGUGGCAGCUUUAAGAAAACUAGAUGAGAAGUGUGGAUGCAAGGUCUAUAAUUUGGGAACAGGUGUCGGUUACUCAGUGCUGGAUAUGGUGCAGGCAUUUGAGAAGGCAUCAGGGAAAGAGAUUCCAUACAAGAUAACAGACCCCAGACCAGGAGAUGUUGCAACAGUAUAUGCUUGUCCCAAGACUGCCUCAGAGGAACUACAAUGGACUGCUACUAGAGGCCUUACUGAAAUGUGUGAAGAUGUUUGGAGAUGGCAGUCUUCCAAUCCAAGAGGCUUUGAGGGUGAUAAGGAAUAACAUUGGAGAGCUUAGAAAAUUAUACAUCAAACUACUAUAGAGAUGGAGCCAUGCUUUGGGUCUUCAAUAACAUUAUUGCGAUAACAUUUCGAUGAGCCCUAUCCCUCGUAAGAUGGAGGGAACGUGCCAUAAUAUUAGGCAUAUGAAGAAAAGUGCAAUAAAUGUGAAAAACUAUACAUACCAACACAUGUACGAGCAUUUUAUUAUGAAAAUUAACUGGUAAAUAUUUCAAACAAUUAUGAUUUAGGUUAUUUUAGAUUCUUGAUCAUGGAUUCUGAUCUCUGAAAGUUUAAUUCUUCACAUGUACAAAGUAUAUAGUAUAGUCAUAAAUCAAAAUUUCAGGGGUGAUAUUAUUUAAGGUUUCUCAUAGAAAUAUGUAUUUUCUGCAGCAAUGGGGGAAUUCAAAGAAUGUCCUGUCAAAUAGACCAGGGCAUAAUUUAUCUUAUAUUAAAUACUUAAUACUAGUUUAGUAAAUCAGUAUUGGAAAUUCUAGUUGAAAUUUGUGCUUAGUAUACUGGAUGUCCUAGACAUAAAUGUUAAUGGAGAUAUGUUUAAUUGGUAUGUAUUUCUCGGACAUCCUUUAGUUUCUUGUUCAUGUCUCACACCACUCAAUAUUAGAGACAUAUUUAAAAAUUUCACUGUGAUAUUAUGUUAGCAAAGGUUUGUCAUGUGAGAUCACACGAUGUAUGUACAUGUAGUUAUUGCUGGUAAUUAUG